AUGUCGAUUCAAUCUGCGAAUGAUAGGUUCCUUCUCGCUGGUGUUAAACUUUCUGCUUCUUCUUCAUCGCAAGAAACCCCUUCUCCUUCAAACUCCGCCCCUGAUUCUCUUUUCGACGUUUCUCAUAAAAAAACAUUACCUUUAUCUUCCACCGUCAGUAAGGUUGGUGUUGAAGCGGCGACUUCCACCGACGCUAGCAGCAUAUCGGAGUAUUUGAUAGAGACUCUUCCUGGGUGGCAGGUUGAAGACUCUCAUUCAUAUUCUGUUCCCUUUCGUUCCAAUGCUCGUGAAAAUUUCUCCAAUUGA